UUCACAACACAGCCCAUGCACAUUUGAAUCAUUCAUAAACCUUUAGGCUAAAGCGGUGCGGAGUUGAGCUCUGGAGCGGCCGCUUAGGCAGGUAUAAGAAGUCGAGAGCCGGACAUUUUCUCAAGCGGUACUACGCUAGGUCAAGACACUAUGGCACCUAUCAAAGUUGGACUCAUCGGAUACGGCUCGUCAACAAACACCUUUCACUUGCCAUACAUCCUCCCCAACCCGGACCUGCAGGUCUACUCAUUUCUCCAAAGAGCAGAAGCUCCGAAAGGCGACGAACCUCGCAAGCAUUGUACCAUAGACUAUCCUCAAGCCAAGCACUAUCGUACACCAGAAGACUUCUUCGCCGACAUCGAAAUCGAACUUGUUAUCGUCUGCACCGGUCAUAGCACGCACUCCACAUUUGCCGAACAAGCCCUCUCGGCUGGAAAACAUGUCGUGGUCGAAAAACCCUUCACCAUCACGUCCGCCGAAGCAGACAAGCUCAUCGCUCUUUCCAAGGAGACCGGUAAAAUCUUAACGUGUUUCCAAAACCGGCGCUACGACUCCGACUUUCGCACACUGAAACACCUAAUCGAUCAAAAGUCCUUUGGCAAAAUCACCGAAUUUGAAAACCACUACUCGGUCGACAAUCCUCCUUGGAUGCACAACAGUAAAAAUGCCACAGCCCAACCUGGCGAAGGUCUCCUGUACGGACUUGGCUCCCACUCCAUCGACCAAACGCUCCUCCUCUUCGGCGUCCCGAAAUCAGUCACAGCGUUCACGCGCUCUCUCCUCGUGAAGAAUGGCGCCGACGAUAGUUUCACCAUCAUCUUACAGUACGAUGGUGAUCAGAAGGACCUCCUCGUGACCAUAAAAACCACAGCUGUCAUUCCACUGCCGACACACAAGAUCCUCAAAUAUCGUGUUCUGGGCACACACGGGACAUUCCAUAAGACGGGCGAAGAUCCUCAGAUUGAGCAGUUUUUUGAUGGGGUGUCGGUGACGGAUGAGGAGAAGUUUGGGGUUGAGCCGGAGAAGUAUCAUGGGUGGUUGAGUACGAGGUUGGAAGGGAAUAAGUUUGACGGAACGGUGAAGAGUCAGAGAGGGUGUUAUGUGGAUUACUAUCGCGAUGUUGUGGCUGCGGUGAGAGGGGAGAAGGAGGUUGUGGUCAAAGCGGAAGAGUCGAGGAAUGGGAUCAGACUGAUUGAGUUGGCAUUGGAGAGUGCGGAGAAGGGGGUCACAGUGGCUUGGAGUUAGAGGGACUUUGGUAGGAGUGUCGUGUGAGACGAUUUCGGUUUGCAAUCAUUUUGAAUCGCAAUUUUCAAAA